AUGAACCAUAUGCAGCAACAAUCACGAUCGAAUAACAUAGAGAUACAAUGUGUUCCUGAGCAUAGAUCUGAAAACUUGUACACAAUGUUUAAACAGCUUGUCUCAACGGUCAAAUGUGAUGUGUCGGAGGGAGACGUUCUACACUGUACGCGCAUUGCUAAACUGGAUCAUAAGUCAAAACGGCCUAGAACGAUUGUUGUGAAACUUAGUUCUCAAAAAAUAAGAGACACAGUUCUGGCGGCAUGUACAAAGUACAAUAAAGCGAAUCCAAGGGACAGAUUACAUGCAGCUCACCUUGGAAUAUCAUGUGAAAACAUAGUUCCUAUCUUCAUUACAGAGCACUUGUCACCUGUUAACAAGAGUUUGCACGCAGCGACAAGAAAGAAAGCCAAGGACCUUGAUUAUAAAUACGUGUGGUUUCGUAACGGCCACAUUUUCCUCCGCAAAACAGAAUUUUCUGAGCGUAUACUGAUCAAUAACAUGGACAAAUUAAAGAACUUACCCUAG